AUGACGGAACAUGAGUUUAUGGAGUUGGCAGACGAGACGCUGCAUGGUAUUCAAAGCUGGUUGGAUGGUAUUGAUGAGAUGCUUGACGAGUCCGACGUUGUCUUCUCUCAAGGGGUCCUGAAGAUCGACUUGGGUGAACAUGGUACAUGGGUGAUCAAUCGUCAGGUGCCUAAUAGGCAGAUCUGGUGGUCUUCUCCAAUCAGUGGUCCUCGUCGUUACGAAUACGACGCUGAAAAUGGUCACUGGAUCAACACGCGAGACAGAGGCGAGCUCCUGGCACUGCUGCGGUCUGAAAUUCUGGACGCCACAGGGAUUGAGAUCUACAGCUAA